AUGUCAGGACACCAAGUGGCCAUGAUCUCCUCACUCCUGACUCUGGUGCUUUUCCUGGCAGGUGUGGGAAAUUGUCAUGGUCAACUGACAGAGAUUCAUACCACAACAGGAAAUGCAGUCCUGCGAACUCCGAGGACCCUGGGACCGUGCUUUUCAAGCCCGUGUUGGAACCAGGGUGAUUGUAGUGUUGUCGAAGGCAAGCCAAGUUGCGCCUGUAAGCCAGGAUUCACGGGACCAUUCUGCAAAGAAAUGGUGGUAGAUCUGCAAUGUGAGGAAGAGUUCAUGAUGAUGAUGGUGAGAAAGGAAGUGUUUGAAAUGUUCAGUAUCCCUUUGGCAUUGGUCCACCUGAAGAACAGCGCCUGCAAAGUCUCUGAGCAAGAGGAAAGGGGUGCCGCAUAUUUUGGAGCAAAGCUGACGAAGGAGAAUCACACCCGAUGUGGAUCUCUGAUUCAGGUCAAUGGUUCUCAUGUGUCUUACGCUAAUGAGAUCCAGACAGAUAGAGAGGAUGAUGGCGUGAUCACAAGGACCGUGGUUCUUAACGUGCGCUUCUCCUGUAUCUAUGCCUACACACGUGUUGUUGGUUUGCAAAACCCACUCAAAGCUGUGGACACGCUUGUGCAGUUUGCGGUGAAGGAAGGGGACUUCACUGUGACCAUGGCAUUGUAUGACACUUCUGCCUACGAUCAGGUCUACUCCCAACAGCGCUUAUUUUCCCUCCUCCUGACGGACACCCUUUACGUCCUUCUGCAAAUUAGAGGUCAGCAACAGGUGAAGUACUUCUUCCUGAGCGUGGAGGACUGCUGGGGCACGCCAAAAAGUGACCCAAACCACAGCUUAAAGCACCACCUGGUUAUGAAAGGGUGUCCCCAUGACAAGACUGCAACCAUCCUUAAUGACAUUGGCACCAGCACCAUGGCAAAGUUCAGUUUUCAGAUGUUCCAGUUCAAAAACUUCACAGAGGUGUACCUCCACUGCCAGGUGCGCCUAUGCAUUCCUGAAAACCAGGAGCCCUGUGCUAAGCACUGUCCCAGUAAGUUGAAACGCAAGAGAGCAAUGGAUGACAAUUACAGUAAGAUAGUCUCCUAUGGACCCAUUCGCCUUCUGGCCCCUUCAUCCUUGGAAACAAAGAACACUACGCCCAGUGGUAGCCAAAAGUCUGCUCCAUGGGAUCUACAGUUAUGGAUCCCCGGUGCUGUAGUUUCGGUAGGCAUCGGUAUUGCUGUCAUUUUGACUGCUGUAGCCAAAGCCAUGAAGAAAUGA